AUGCACCUGCAGUGGCUGCUGCUCUGCCUUGUCCCAGUUGGUACAGGCACAAAGAGGGAGAAGCAAGGGCUCAUGGCAUGGGGGUGCCAGCCUGGAGCCGAACUCACGUGUUCCAUCUGCCUGUGCAUGUACAAGGACCCGGUGUCGCUGAGCUGCAGUCACAGCUUCUGCCAGCAGUGCAUCAAGAAGGUGCUCACAGCCCAGAAACAAUCGCAGGCUCCUUUAACCUGCCCCAUGUGCAGGCCACCUGGGCCCAACCUGGAGCUGCAGAAGAAUUUCCACCUGCACAUCGUGAAGGCAUUUCAGGCCAAGACUUCUGAAGAAAAACAGGGUAAGGGCUCUGGAGGGGAGACAGAGGUGUUCCCCUGUGAGUACUGCCUGGAUGAGACCCAGCCAGCGGUGAAAACCUGCCUGGUCUGCGAUGCGUCCUUGUGCCAGGCCCAUCUGAACAAACACAACUCCAAGGCUUACUACCACCACAUCCUGGUGGAGGUGGGAGCAGGCAGUGUGGCGGAGGAGAGGAGGUCCGAGCACGGCAGGAUGCUGGAAUGCUACUGCAGCCGCGAGGAGCAGUACAUCUGCAUGCUCUGCGCCAAGGGGGCCCACGUGAACCACGAGGUCCUCACCCUGAAGGAGGGACAUGACAGCAGCUGGGCCUUAGUUACCGCCCUAGAAGAUCUUCAGAAAAGCGAGAAUCAGAUCAAGACCAAUACAAAGACAGUGACUUCUCAGAUACAGCUGUUUGACGAGAUAAAAACAGAGUUGAUUAAGAAAGAGAAGAAGAUCCUGAGCGACAUUCAAUCGAAUGAGAAACAACUGGCAUACAUUGACUCCUUGAAGAAGAAUAUGGAACAUAGGAGAGAGGAGGUUGAGCAGAAUCUUCAGCUUUUGCAGAAGCUGAGAGAGCAACAAGAUAUUUUCCUCUUCUUCAAGGAAUUUCAUGUAGCAAUACUGGCCACAGACAGGUAUACUGCGCGCCAGAAUUCGAACAUUUACAGGGCAGAUGUGAUGGUGGUGGAGAUGGAUGGCGCCGGACUUUCCGCCGCUAAUACCAAACGAUACGGGACUCCAUGAAGGACUGGACUUUAUCUUCCAGGAACUGCAAGAUAAACUCACCAAACAAAUGAAGUAUAACAGCCCAAACCAAAGCAAAGGAUCGGCGUGUGACAGACAUAAACAAAAUUUUUGAUUCACAUAUGGCCAGAAGAAAAAGAGAGGCAAAAAGCAAGAUGGAAAGGAAAAGUUUAAUAUUGUUAAAAAUUACCUUUAAUAAUGAGAAUCUGCCAAGUGUCUUGACCUCUCCUGUAUCCCUUGCAUUCAAAUCAAUUCUGUAGCAUAUGCAAAUUUAAAAAAGAAGUGCUAGGAAUUAACAUGAACAUAAGAAAAUCUCUGACUGCUGUUGUUUUCCAAA